GUAUGACUUCACAACAGCACUAACAUAGACCUGGUUGUGAGAAAGUGGGUCAGCGGUCCUUAGUCACUUUCACUUACAUUACACGGGCCUCUAAUCAUUUUCCAUUGUACCCCCGAGCAGGCAGCACGUCCGUCGGAAGGGGUUCCCGAGAGCCGUGUGGCCCGAUCGUCGCCCAACCACUCUUGGUCAACUUCAGUUCGCCGUCGAUGCUACGCGACCACGGAGGUGUAACCGAAUCGGUGUCUCCGCUGUUUAGCACUACGUACUCGCCGCUCUGGACACUCACCCUGUUAUUAUUUAUUAUUAUUGUCGGCAUACCAGUCUUGUUGGCAUUCGGUUUUUGCUAGUGCGUGAGUGCUUUGUGUGUCCCACUGCCGGAUUAUCGGAUUACCUUCCCGGCCCAACCCUGUGGAUUAUAAUUAUUUAUUUAUUUUAUUUCGGAAAUUCUGUUGGAUGUGUGUGGUGCCAGUACUAAUUUAUAUUGUGUUCCGUACCGUUCAGUAAACAUGACGCUUUGGAUUUAUAACACCACGUACACGUGACGACUGCUUGAACCGUUCCGUUGAACCAGUCGUAGAACAAAACUAAAAGUGAAUUUCCAAGAUUUUCUCGGGGUGACUGUUAGUGAAAUGUUACUGGACAUGGAGAACCAUUCGACAUUGUUAUCAUUGAACAUGUCCCCGUUCAACGCAAACUCGGGCGAUUCUCCUGUCGGUACUCAAUCUUCCAGUCCGAUGCCCCCGCAAUACGGCUCACCCCCGUUAUCGGCCCCGUACAGUAGUUGCCAGCAGGGCAUGGGGAUGCAGCACAAUCCCCAGACGAUGAUGAUGUCGCACAGUCUUGACACCUCUUACCUGUUUCCCAUAGGCAACAACUCAAUGUCCGGCAUCGAGAUGGGGGCCAACUAUCAGAUCUCCGGACCGGCCACCUCGCUCAAUGCCGGCGAGAUACCGGACACCAAGUACGGCAUCGAGGAACUGUGUCCGGUUUGUGGUGACAAAGUCUCCGGCUACCACUACGGGCUGCUCACGUGCGAGUCCUGUAAGGGUUUCUUCAAACGGACCGUACAGAAUAAGAAAGUAUACACGUGCGUGGCCGAAAGGAGUUGUCACAUCGACAAAACACAAAGGAAACGGUGUCCGUUCUGUCGGUUUCAGAAGUGCUUGGAAGUUGGAAUGAAGCUCGAAGCUGUGCGUGCGGACAGGAUGAGAGGCGGCAGGAACAAGUUCGGACCGAUGUACAAAAGGGACCGGGCACGAAAACUGCAAAUGAUGAGGCAACGACAGUUGGCGGCUCAAACUUUGCGGGGCUCCGCGGGCGACAGUGCCAUGUACAAUAACCCACCCGGGACGUCACCCUUCGCCAACAUUCACAUCAAACAAGAAAUCCAAAUUCCACAAGUGUCAUCGCUUACGUCGUCGCCGGAUUCCUCACCCAGUCCUAUAGCCGUGGCCCUCGGUCAGGUGAACAACGCCAUGGUGCAGCCGGGCUCCAACCAACAGCCGGCCCUCCAGAUCGUGCAGGGCGGCGCCCCCAACUCCAUGGUCGUCGUGCCGGAGAACAAGCUGUGGGCCCAGGCCAACUCCACCACCACGUCGCCUCACUCCCUCAGUCCGAAGGCGUUCCAGUACGACAACCUGGUGCAGGCGGGAGGCGGUGGCGGCGGCGGCGGCGGUGGCGGUGCCGGCAGCGGCGCGCCACCCUCCUCCAAGGUUUCGCCCCUCAUCAGAGACUUUGUGCAGGCCAUCGACGACCGCGAGUGGCAAAACUCGCUUUACGGACUCUUGCAGAGCCAAACGUACAAUCAGUGUGAAGUGGACUUGUUCGAACUUAUGUGCAAAGUGUUGGACCAAAAUCUGUUCUCGCAGGUGGACUGGGCUAGGAACUCUAUUUUCUUCAAGGAUCUCAAGGUGGAUGACCAAAUGAAGCUGCUUCAGCACUCGUGGUCCGACAUGCUGGUACUGGAUCACAUGCACCAUCGGAUGCACAACAACCUGCCCGACGAAACGACGCUCCACAACGGCCAGAAGUUCGACCUGCUGAGUCUGGGCCUGUUGGGGGUGCCCACCCUCGCCGACCACUUCAACGACAUCACCGCCAAGCUGCAGGAACUCAAGUUCGACGUCAGCGAUUACAUUUGCAUUAAAUUCCUUCUUCUAUUGAAUCCAGAUGUAAGAGGCAUCACAAAUAGGAAGCACGUUCAAGAAGGCUACGAGCAAGUUCAACAAGCUUUACUCGAAUAUACUAUGACAAUUUACCCUCAAAUUCAGGACAAAUAUCAGAAAUUACAACAAAUCCUUCCCGAUCUCCAUACGUUGGCGACGCGGGGCGAGGAGUACCUUUACCAUAAGCAUUGCAACGGCAGCGCCCCCACGCAGACCCUCCUGAUGGAGAUGCUCCACGCCAAGAGGAAAUAACGGCUGGCCGUGGACAAGCCGCCGUCCCCUCGUUACCAUAUCUGUGUGCAAUACCUACUACGGCUUAAAAUGUACAUAGGUCUUACUACUGUAUUGUUAUGUUGAACGCUCGAUGUACUCGAAUCGAUAAACCGAAAUCAGGACCGGUCAAGUCCCGCCCGGACUCGCCGCGAUCUUAUUUAUUUAUUGGCUCGUGUACAUUCGUCCUUGGAAAUCUCAUAGUUGUUGACAAUGAUGCCUUCAUGAAGUACAAAAAGAGAUGUAUAUCGCCACCACAAUAUUUUUAUAGAAUGCGACCACACUACCAUGCUCACUCUUUUUCGUUGUUUAUUUAUCGUUACGUUUGUUUGAAUUUUGCCAGUUAUUUGCAUCAAUGGAUAAACUUUUUUGUUUCACAUGCAUAAAUUACUUGUGUUCAACUAUGAUUUACUGAAUGACAAGCUGGCCUUGUCCUUAAUGUAGUGUACAUUUGCCGUCAGUUUUACUGUUGCAGACUUUUCUGUAACAGGUUUUACUCAGGUUAAAAUUAAAAGGAUAAUUUUUUACACCGGUUAUAAGGCAUUAAAUAUUAAUUAUCUUUUAAGUUUUUACUAUAUAUUAUGUUUUUGUCAUUCCUUUUAAUGUACUCUAAAGCCACAAGUAUUUUAGGUUUUAAAAAAUAUAUACAAUAACCAGUUGAGGCGUCCACAAAUUUUUACAACACAAGUGCAACUUCAAUUUUGUCUAUUAUUAUUGUCAUAUACAUUUAUUUUAUAAUUAUGCCUUUUAAAAAACGACUUAAAAAUUCCAAAGAGUUUUACAUUCAAAGUUAGUCUGCAACUCACCGUAUUUUUAAUCCGACCUUCCGCUAUGUGUGCUUGUAAAUAGUGUAACUUUCUGCUAAUAGUGAUGGCAUACCCGGUAUAGAUAUUUCAAUAUUUACAUGUAAUGGUGUGUAUCAUGCCAGUUUACGUUGUUAUUGGAUUUUACCGUUACACGUAUUUUUGCCAUAAAAUGUCCUAGCGUUGACUUGGUAGUUUAUGCUGUAUUUUCACCAAAACUGUUUUUAGAAAAUUUAAGUUUGCCCAUUGGAGUACAUAAUUGUCUUGAAGUUUUUUUUUAUAUCACACAUUCCAGUCUGCUCUGGAGGGAUACAAGGGCAUCAUAGCAUAGAUAAAAUAGCUUUCUUGAGUGCGAGCGGUAAACAAGAGUGAAUGAGAUUUUGCACCUCAACGUUAAUACUUCUUCUAGUACGUACGUGUAGCUUAAAACUGUGGUGAUGGAGACUAACAGCUGUUAUAUUAUGUAAUUAUAGAUUAUAAAUACAAUUUAUUACUAGGUAUUAAGUUUAAUUAUAUAAUAUAUGUACUAAAAUAAUUAUGUUAUAUAUUAUAUGAAUGUUAAGAGCAAGGUACUGUGGUCCAAAACUGUGUUGUUGUUACGAUUUAAAAGUGGUCAGCACACAAUCGUCUGCAAAAACAGUACUUUUAACAACUUAAUCAGAGUUCCUGUUGGAUGAAUCCAUUAAACAAAUUAUUACAUUUUAUUAAAAAUACAAUCCAAUAUAUAUAUUCUGUAUUUGUUAAGGGCCUAAAUUUUAUUGAAAUUCUUAAAAUGUAAUAAUGCAUGUGCAUCUUUUGGACCAACAGUAAAUUUUAUGAUCCACGAACUCUGUUACAUUGCCUCUACUUACAACUUACGGCUCUGCGAGCCCUUAUUGAUUAUGUUACUAAAAUAGUAGCUAUGGGGGAUAAUCUGGUUUUAACUGUUUUUGUUUCGAAUGAGUGCUACUAAUUGUGUUGUGCAAGGUUACCUCCAUGGUUCUCUUCUGCAAACAGAUCCACUUUUUGCUACUGUUACCGGUUUUUUGGAAAAGUAGACACGUUCGCGUCCUUUGCAAAUGCAGUCAGAUAAAUAUAUAUUUUUGUGAUUUUUGCAAAUGGAAUGAUGAUGGUACAUCGAAAAUGAUUAUAUAUAAUCUCAACCGCACAUUAAAUUGUGUUUAUAUUAUUGUGAUAAAAUUAAUUUUAUGUACAUAGAAAUUUAUAUAUAAAUGAGCAGUGUCAGAAAAUUAAGAAUCGGAUAUGUGAUUUAAAAUAUAUAAUAUAUUUUUCAUAAAAGAUACAUUUUUAAGUUUACAUUGUAUAUAUUCUUUUUUGUUAUUAUUAUAGUGUUAAAAUAAAUUACUGGUCCUAAGGCGACAAUAAAAUAAAUCAAAGAUGAUGUAAAAUCAAAACAAAUGUACAACAAAAAAAUUUAUAAUUUACGUCCUCAAAUUUAGUUAGUAGUAAAUUGAGGAUAUAUUAUGUAUACAUCACAUUAAAACUUCUAAAAUCUGUUUUCCACUUGUUGUUUUUUUACAUCACUAUAUCAAAAAGACAAACUAUUUUUAUAUACAUGAACUAUUUUGUUAGUUAGCAGAGUAUAACAUAUAUUUUAUUGAUUUAUUGUGGAUGGAUAUAUUUCUGACAUGCAUCAGUUUGACUACUCAAGAUAUAUCACAAUACUAUAUGAAUAGAACGUACUAUGUUGUUGUGGUUCAUGAUAAAAGCAUAACAUAUUUAGAAUAAAACUUUAUUUUUAAUUUACUGUUCGGUUGAUUUAUUAAAAUGUUAAAUAAUGUAAAUAGUAUAUUGUUAAUUAUAUUUUUAAAAUGUAGUUGUUGUUACUGGAUAUGUUUGCUGAAACGUACCAUUCAAGAGUCCCUCGCAAGGAAUUGGGCUAAUAUGCAAGUCACAGGGCUCAGGUAUAUUGCGGUUCUACUUAUUAAUUCUAUGUCUUGCCAUGUGACAAGCAUUAUGGCUCUGAGCUUAUAUAUUAUCUUGAAAUAUAUAUUUAUAUAUAAAUACACUUAUUUAAGCUGUGUGAUUGAAAGGUUGUAAAUAUAAUUUAUGUGGAUCAAAGUGACUUGUUUGUAGAAAUAAAUCACCAUCAAAUUAAAA